UAAUUCAGAUUACAAUUCAGUAUGAUAAAAGUUUUAUGAAUAAAAUUUGAUUACUUUUGUUUUUAUAAUCAACGUUUAAAUUAAUUGCGUGAUAAAAUAUGCUAUAAUUAAUUUUCUGUAAGAUUUUCAUACAUUACAUAACCUAUUUAUAAAUAUGAACAGUGCUAUGUUAUGUUCACCAAAAUUAAGUAGACUUUCCAAAAUUUGUAAUAUAACAUUAAAUAAAUGGUUUUUGGAAAACAUCAUUCAAUAUAACAGUAUAAUAUGUCAUAAUUUUCAACAAUGUCAAACACUGCAUGCAACUGUUAUUCGAUCGGAAACUAUUAAAGAAGUUGAAAGAAAAACUAAUGACUUGGACCGCUUUAGAGAUUUAACAAAAACUGGUCCAUCGCUCAAAGAUUUUUUAUCUAAAAGUGAAAUUCCCAUUGAUUCUAUUAGUGUACCAAAUAUUCCUUAUAUACAAAAUAUAAAUGGCUCUGAUCAAAAAGUAUAUUUUGAAGUUCAUGGUUGUCAAAUGAAUGUAAAUGAUACAGAAGUGAUCUGGUCUAUUCUGAAAUCUCAUGGUUACAAAAAAGUGGAAAAUAUAAAAGAAGCUAAUAUAAUUCUAUUUAUUACAUGUUCUAUUAGAGAUAAUGCAGAGCAAAAAAUAUGGAAUAAGUUAACUGAUUUAAAUCACGUAAGGAAAAAAAAGAAAAAAAAUCCUAUAAAAAUUGGUUUGUUAGGAUGUAUGGCAGAACGAUUAAAGGAUAAAAUAUUAGAAAGAGGAAAACUUGUUGACGUGAUAGCUGGGCCAGAUAGUUAUAAAGAUUUGCCACGAUUAUUAUCUGUACCAGACAAUGAAACUGCUAUAAAUGUUCUUCUAUCAUUUGAUGAAACAUAUGCAGAUAUUACACCAGUGAGAUUGAAUCCAAAUUCUACCAGUGCAUUUGUCACAAUAAUGCGCGGUUGUGAUAAUAUGUGUACUUAUUGUAUUGUACCAUUUACAAGAGGAAGAGAAAGAUCAAGACCAAUUGAAAGUAUAGUCAAAGAAAUUCAAUCUUUAUCGGACGAUGGUGUAAAAGAAGUAGUACUUUUGGGACAAAAUGUAAAUAGUUAUAGAGAUAUGUCUCAAUCAAAAUUUUAUACUAAUAAUAUGGAAACACAUUUAGCAAAAGGUUUUAAAACAGUCUAUAAAAAUAAGAAGGGAGGACGUCGAUUCUGUGAUUUGCUGGACGAAGUUUCUCGUAUUAAUCCGGAGAUGAGAAUCAGAUUCACAUCGCCGCAUCCCAAAGAUUUUCCAGAUGAAGUUUUACAAUUAAUAGCGGAGAGGCCGAACAUUUGUAAAGAAAUUCAUUUACCCGCGCAAAGUGGUAAUUCCAGGAUUUUGGAAAAAAUGAGGAGAGGAUAUACACGAGAAGCGUAUAUAGAUUUAGUGCAUCGCAUACGUCAAAUUAUCCCAAAUAUUUAUCUUUCCAGUGAUUUUAUUACUGGAUUUUGCGGAGAAACGGAGGAAGAAUUUCAAGAUACAUUAUCGUUGAUAGAAUUAAUAAAAUAUAACAAAGCUUAUUUGUUUUCUUACAGUAUGCGAGAGAAAACGACUGCGCAUCGUCGUUAUCAAGAUGACGUACCACCGAAUGUGAAACAAAAUCGGCUCGAAAGAAUGAUUUCAAUAUAUAGAACCGAGGCGGAAAAAUUGAAUAAAUUACAAAUUGGACAAUCACAACUUGUGCUUGUAGAAAAGCUCAGUAAACGAUCGCACGAUUCUUUUCAAACAAAAAAUGAUGGUAAUACGCGAGUAAUAAUUCCUUCCAUGUCCAUACCUAUUGGAAAACAUUCACGUGACGAGAAGCCAAUAAAAAUUGGUGAUUACGUUGUCGUAAAAAUUGAAAACGCUAAUUCCUAUACAUUAAUGGGUAAACCUCUAUAUCAUUCAUCGAUAACAGAAUAUGCAUCUUCAUCUGCGUUGUAAAUAAAAAUAAAAUAUGAUUUUCGAAGA